CAUUCAGUUUGUUCAGUUGUGGCUCAACCACCUAGCUGACAACAUGUAUUCCUUUAUGUUAUUUGCAACUGAGUGGUACUCGUUGAAACUUGACAAAAUGUCAUCCUGAACUGAGAGCUUGCCUAUAGUGAAUUGUUAGCAUUGCAAUUUAUCGUGACAUUUAUUUAUUGUUCAACUUUUAAUUGUUAUUUCAAAGUGACACAUUAUCUCCACAUAUAACUAUAGUAUAAUUCGACAAACAGAAUUUGAAGCGCGCGUGAUACUUUCGGUAGGAUAAAAGAUGGCGUGUCCCUUAUCAGGUGGUAUUGCAGAAGAUCAUGAGACUGAUCAUCAAGAGACAGAUCAGUUGGCCGAAGGUUCGGGUAUGCUUUACGGUGAAUACCUUCGAUUAGAUAAAAUCUUAACCGCACAAAGGUUACUGAGCGUCGAAUAUAACAAGGAAGUGCAUGAUGAACAUCUUUUUAUCAUCACUCAUCAGGCGUAUGAACUCUGGUUCAAACAAAUUAUCUACGAAUUGGACUCGGUCAGAGUACUUUUCAACUCCGAACCAAGCAGCUAUGAUUUCAAUGGUACCUCUAACAAUCUCACUGCUCUCCAGAAGACUCGAAUUUCCCAAGUUCUGAACGAAUCAAGAACGCUGGAAAUCUUGAAGAGAUUAAACCGCAUCGUUCUCAUAUUAAAAUUGCUAGUGGACCAAGUAACAAUUUUGGAAACCAUGACGCCGCUGGAUUUUAUGGCAUUUAGAGACUACCUAUGCCCAGCUUCGGGUUUUCAAUCGCUACAGUUUCGUUUAUUGGAGAAUAAGUUGGGUGUGAAACAGGAGCACAGAGUCAAGUAUAAUCAAAGUUACGCCAGAGCGUUCGGAAGGGAUCCAAAAGCUAUCGAAGCGAUUAAACGUUCGGAAGAUGAACCUAGUCUCAGUUGCCUUGUUCAGAAAUGGUUAGCAAGGACACCAGGUCUAGAACCUCAUGACUUUGAUUUCUGGGGAAAAUACAAAAAAUCUGUCGAGGAACUCCUCGUCGAGCAGGAGCAACUUGCUCAAAAACAUACAAAGGAACAAGUCAGAAAUUAUCAUUUGGCAAAUGUACGUUCUCGGAAAGCAGUAUUCGAGACGAUCUUCAACGAAUCUCUUCAUAAUGCGCUCGUAUCUCGAGGAGAGAGAAAAUUCGUGUUCGGCGCUCUUCAAGGUGCGGUGAUGAUUACGUUAUACCGCGAUGAACCAAGGUUUAGUCAACCUCAUCAAAUUUUGACCGCAUUAAUGGAUAUCGAUUCUCUAAUUACCAAAUGGAGAUAUAAUCACGUUCUGAUGGUUCAAAGAAUGAUUGGUUCCCAACAACUUGGUACCGGAGGAUCUUCGGGAUAUCAAUACUUAAAAUCUACUCUAAGUGACCGGUACAAAGUAUUUUUAGACUUAUUUAAUUUGUCCACAUUUUUGAUCCCUCGCCAUAUGAUUCCGCCGUUAACGAAACAAAUGAAGACAAAAUUAUCCAUUGACUGUAACGGAUGGAAUCCUGAUGAUAAUCAAAACUCUGGAUGUACAGUGGAUGAUACAUAGAAAAAUAAGACUCGAUACCAUGAAUGUUAAGAUACGUAAGUAGGAUGGGUAAUGAAGUAUCAAACGCAUAAAUAUAGAAACGACGACAUAAAUCUCUAUUUUAUUUUAUUUUACUUUAACAUAUAUAUUAGAAUAUUUGUAAAAAAUAUACAAAUGGCCGCAAUUGUAUAACAAAUAUUGGAAAUACAAUCUUACGAAUGUUAUUGUUAUUAA